AUGGAUCCUAGAAGAGAUCAACUGACUAUGGAAAGACUUUUCAACCUUGGUACUUUCUUCGCGGAAACACCUGCGGAAUGCAUGAGGCAAUUCGGAAUGGAGUCGCUGUCACCCAUUUCGGAAGACGAUCGAGUAGUGUGUCGGUCAGAUUUGGCUGGCAUUCAUCCGCUGGAAAAUGCUGAGAUGGUGAUCAAGAUUCUCGAACAUCGCCCUAGUCGUUUCAAAUUCUCGUCGUCGGAAGCGCUUCAGAAUUUCACCAGAGCCACAAAUGUACGCAUACGUCUUCUGGGAACCCGAACACUUCAAGGACACCUGAUGCAUUUGAAUGACAGAACGGAUCCAACUGUCACCAGACGGUAUUUCUAUUCCAUUAAAAGAAUCCUGAUGGGAGGACGUUGUGUGUGCAACGGACACGCAGGUACCUGCGACAUUUUGGACCCGAGAAGACCGGCACACUCGACCUCUCAGACUUGCAACUGUUUCGGACGUUCCGACGAAUGUGUUUAUGAUGAAGAUGUAUUCGUGAACAGCCUCUCGCUUGACAUUCAUGGAAACUACGAAGGCGGUGGCCGUUGUCUUAAUUGUCGAGUAAGUUUCUUGGCCUUUUAUUGCUCAAAUGAGACUUCACGGAAGGUGUCAACUGCAACAAGUGCGUGUUCGGUUACUAUCGACAGGAUGGCGUUCAGUGGAACGACACAAUGCCGUGCAAACCGUGCAGAUGCGACCCAAGCAAACACACAGGUGACUGUGAAGAAGGGCACAGGCAAGUGCUACUGUCAGCCACGAUUCCAAGGAGACAACUGCGACCAGUGCGCUCCUGGUUACUACGAUCCACCUGAGUGUAAGAAGUGUGAAUGUGCGGUGGAUGGUACUAUGGACGGAACGUGUUUG